CCUCGUAUCUGUGGCAGGACGGUCACACUCUCACUGGUCAGUGGAUUAUUAUCUGUGCUUAUACUGUCCAGAGAAAAUGAAUAGUAAGGUAGGAGGGACCGUCAACAAUGUACCUGUUUUUAUUCCAAAGGAAAAUGUGCUCAGACCCCAACAACACCAACAGCACCAACAGCACCAACAGCACCUGCAGCGACAGAGAGAUGUCAUCAACUACAGGAUGAAGAAGCUGGCAGCCAAACAGGUGGAGAUAACUAAAAAGAGCAGUGCAGUGAAGGAGAAAAUCCUAAAAAAGUAUGAGGACAUGAAUCGGGUUUUGGACGAGGACCUUCGCAUCACGCUGACCCAGCUGGACGCAGAGCACAAGGCCGUGGAGAGGUUAGUGGAGGAGAAGAUAGAGGACUGUUACCACCUCAGCCAGGACCUGAGCCAACGGCUGGACAACCUCAGUGCCCACAUAGCAAAAGAGGCACAAGGAAUUGAUACUGAGGACGCUGAAACUGAAGAAAGAAUUUGUGGAACUCUGAAGUUGACCGACCCUGACCUGAUUCAGUUGGACGAGUUCAAGAAUGAGCAGCUGCUGAGUUUUACUGUCAACCUGCUGCUGUUCAUCAGGUCCCAGGUCCCUAUCACCAAGCGACUGUUUAAGAGCUAUGCUGCAGACGUCGUCCUCGACGCCGACACCGCUCACCCAAAGCUGAUCAUCUCUCCCAAAGGCGACGCAGCCACCUACACGGACGCGUGGCAGGACGUCCCUGAGACCUCCUCCCGCUUUGACAACACCCUGAACGUCAUCAGCCAGCAAGGCUUCAGCGAGGGUCGUCUCUACUGGGAGGUGGAGGUUGGUGGGAAGACCUACUGGGAGCUGGGACUCACCUACCCCAGCAUCCCACGCCAGGGCCGCGAGGAGGACUGCUGGUUGGGCCGAGGAAAGGAGUCUUGGUGUGUGGAGUACUUUAAUGGAAACUACACUGCGUGGCAUGGUGGUGUCCAGCAUGAGCUUCCACUGCUGGCGGGAAAAAGGUUCACUCGAAUUGGAGUGUGCUGCAGCUUCCCGGGAGGACUGGUGUGUUUCUUAGGAGCUGAUACCAUGACCCUCCUCCACUGCUUCUGUGCCGGGACUUUCACUGACCCCUUACAUCUAGCGUUGUGUCCCGGUCACCACAAUGAUGACACAAACUGGAACUCCCUAAAGAUCUGUGCUGCUUCUCGAUCUGCCACUGUUCUCUGAGAUGACCUCAGAAAUGCCCGAGGAGCGCAGACCUGACAUUCUUAACGACAUUCUUAACAUCGUAUCAGAUCUGAAGAAUUCAUUUUUCUCGAUUGCAUAUUACAGUCAGCAGAUUAUGUUGUUCACUUCCAGUAACUCUAUCUAUAAAAAGUAGUAAAGUAAUUUUUUUUAUGUAUUUAAACCAUUUUCAGUCAAAUGAUUUAUUCCUUAUGACAAUACUAAAAUCAACAAAUAGUAUUAGUUUACCUGUCAGUAAAGACUAGAAUAACCUACAAAUAAUAAAUAAGCAAAAUAGAAAUAUAAAAAUUGCACCAACUAAUA